UUUUUCACCCAUUAACGUAAUAUGAUAAUUGAAUUACUUUUUUGAAUUAGAAAAAGUAAUUUUUUUGGCCAACCUUUUGCUUUCCCUGUGAUUUUAUACUAUUUUUAGGAUACUCCAUUUUCGUCGUCGUUUUAUUUUCCUACUUUUUGAGGUUGAAGCACCUGCGAAUUUAACCACAAGGAAAAAGGAAUAACGAAGAAGUUGCUGCAUUUUCUUAUUCUUCUUCUUCUUCUUCUUUUCUGUUUAUGAUUUUCUUGGGUUUGCAAAAUCAAAUUACAAAACCCAGAUAAAAAAUUAAUAGUACUGUGUAUAUAAAAAUAAAAUUAUUAUCCAAAUUGAUAAAGUUGGUGGAAUUUGAAUCUUCAAAAAGAAAAACCGCAAUGGUGAACAAGGCAAGCGAUUCUUCAACAACCUUGAUGCUGACCUCAGGUGCAAGUGGAAGAAUCAAUGCAUUGUUAUCCAUAAGUGCUUUGAGGAGCCUAUGGCUGAUAAUCCAAGCUUUCGUAUUGCUUCUGCUGUUUCCGUUUCGCGGGAGGUUUUAUAUAACGUCUGUCGAAAAAGGCGGUGGCAGUGGUGGAUCGAAGGAGGAGAAAUCCUCAUCACAGGGAGGAGGAGUGGUGGUGAGAGUGCCGAGGAAGAGCGGCGCCGCAGUGGAUAAGGAGGUGGCGGCGAGAAGAGCGUUGGCGAUUAAGAGGGUAGUGGAGGAUAAUGACGGUGAUGAAACGGUGAGGGAGUUUUCAUUGUUUGUUACACCGAGAGGCGACACCAUGUUCACGCAGUCUUGGAUUCCAGCCAAGGUUAAAGUCAGGGGACUUCUUGUUCUUAUGCAUGGCCUGAAUGAACAUAGUGGAAGAUACAGUGAUUUUGCUAAGCAACUUAAUGGAUAUGGCAUCAAGGUUUAUGCAAUGGAUUGGAUUGGACAUGGUGGAAGUGAUGGACUGCAUGCCUAUGUUCAUUCGCUUGACGAUGCAGUGACAAACAUGAAAUUGUUUCUCAGAAAAGUUUUAGCUGAAAAUCCAGGACUCCCAUGUUUUUGCUUUGGACACUCGACCGGCGGUGCCAUAGUCUUGAAGGCAGUACUUGAUCCUAAGGUGAGUGAAUGUGUAUCUGGCAUUAUACUAACUUCACCUGCAGUAGGAGUUGAACCAUCCCAUCCAAUUUUUGCCGUGCUUGCCCCGGUAUUUUCCUUCUUGUUACCGAGAUUUCAGUUCAGUGCAGCAAACAAGCAGGGUAUUGCAGUUUCUCGGGAUCCAGAGGCACUUGUAGCCAAGUAUUCGGAUCCACUAGUAUUCACAGGAUCUAUCAGGAUAAGAACUGGUUAUGAAAUUCUUCGAAUUACUUCCUAUUUGCAAAAGAAUUUGAGCCGGUUAACAGUACCAUUUUUUGUGCUACAUGGAACUGCUGAUUCUGUAACUGACCCCAAAGCCUCCGAAAAACUCUAUGGUGAGGCUUCUUCGAGUGAAAAGACGAUCAAGCUCUAUGAGGGGUUCUUACAUGAUCUGCUCUUUGAACCUGAAAGAGAAGAAAUCAAGAAUAGCAUCAUUUCUUGGUUGAACAGUAGAUUGUGAAGUAAUUAGGCAGUCUGGCAUGUAACGGAAAAAUAAAUCCUUGCAAGCAUAUUUUUGACUUGCUCCUGGGAAGCUUUUAUGAAAUAAACUGGGCAUGGAAUUUGUUUUGA